AUGGACGCCGUAGAAAAGGCAAACGCGGAAAGGCAGAAAAGAUGGGCAAAGGAUCAGAAAGUUGGUGAAGGUACCUACGCCGUGGUGUACCGAGGGCGCGAAAUCGCAACAGGGCGGAAGGUUGCCAUCAAAAAGUUGAAGAUGGGCCAGUUCAAGGACGGCCUAGACAUGUCUGCCUUGCGUGAAGUCAAAUAUUUACGCGAACUCAAGCAUCAGAAUGUCAUAGAACUAUUGGAUGUCUUCUCGUCCAAGACGAACUUGAAUCUCGUGCUUGAAUUCCUUGAUACGGACCUCGAGCUUGUAAUCAAAGACAGAUCACUGGUGUUCCUUCCUGCCGACAUUAAAAGCUGGAUGGCCAUGACGUUUCGUGGCCUGGAAUUCUGCCACAGAAAUUUCAUCCUACACAGGGAUCUGAAGCCCAACAACUUACUCAUUGCCUCCAACGGGCAACUCAAGAUUGCCGACUUUGGUUUGGCGCGUGACGCUGCAGACCCUGGAUACAAGAUGACAUGUCAAGUCGUCACUCGGUGGUACCGUCCGGCAGAGUUGCUCUUUGGCUGCCGAUAUUACAGCUCAUCAGUGGACAUCUGGUCUGUCGGCUGUAUCUUCGCCGAGCUCAUGCUCCGCACGCCAUACCUCCCUGGAGAGAGUGACAUGGACCAGCUGAGGACGAUAUUCCGCGCCCUAGGUACUCCGACUGAAGAAGACUGGCCGGGGCACACAAAACUGCCAGACUACGUUACAGUGGGUCAAUUCCCGAGGACGCCUCUCCGUGAUCUCUUCACCGCCGCGACUGCAGACUGCCUAAACCUUCUUGGCAAGUGCCUUAUCUAUGAACCGCGAAAACGCAUCAGUGCGAAAGACGCGCUCAAUCAUCCUUAUUUCUUUGCGCUACCAUAUCCCACACAUCCAUCCAAGCUUCCGAAGCCGGCGGCUAAAGCCAACUCCACAUUCCCACUUGAAGAGGUUGACGGGAACGUCGACUUCAGUGGACCUGGACCUGGAGUCAAGGCGAACCCGCCAAACAAGCUGAAGCGGAAGAUCUCCUCGGAUGAGCUGGGCGGCAGGCCAGUGGCUCGAAGGCUUGAUUUCUCGCAACAUCGAACAUGA